UUACGCUUGUCAUCACACAACGCCUCCACCAGCUGGCGUCGGUUCCCUGGGAAAUUAGCGGAAACCAGAGGCCCCUGGCCAUUCUUCGGGGACAUGGAGCAAGCCCUCGUCUACCAGUAUCCAUCAAAGAUCAAGGUGCCGCCGGGCCUUCGAACAAUUAUUGAAGGCCUCGGCCGUGCUGUUGUGGAGAGACAGCCGGAAAGUGUUCCGCACUUCAUCACGCUUUACUUUGCUGAAUUACUGCGUUUUAGAACAGUGCAUAACAAAGAAGGGAUUCAAGAGCUUGUGAAACAAUUCCAUGAAACCAGAGUGGACAGGCUGCCUAACCGUGGUCUGGGUACUAUGAAAGAUGUAAGAACCAAGAAAUUUGCGACGGUGGCAACAACAGCUUUAUUAAGUGUUCACGCUCAUCAGUUGAAAACACAGCAGAUUUCAGGCCAACUGAGAAAUGAGAAAAUGCCAAGUGAUAAUGACAAAGAACAAAGUGUUAAAAAGCAGGAGACACUCUCAGCUCCGGUGAAACACAUAAGUCUUGCUUCACCUCCACGUAUCAAACCCAUGCGUCCGAGCGACAGAAGGCUUAAAAAGGGUGUGGACCUCCCUCAGGAAGCUUCUGCAGGAGCUGCUGAACAGGAUGGAGGAGUGGACACAAAGCCUUUGCCCAGGAAGAAGAAAGAUAAGAGUAAACUAGUUAUGCCUGACGUGCCCACUGAUGAGCCUGAUCUGGACGUGUGCUUGGUCACAGACUUGGUUGACCCUCUCGAAUUCCUGACACAAGAAGAGACCUCUCAUUUGUCUGGACCACCUGUUUCGACAGGAUCUGAAGAAAAAAAGUCUCAUUUGGUUUAUCCUCCUCUGUCAGCAGAGGAAGAGGUUUAUUCAGCUGAACAACAGAUGGCUUAUGGAGCACAACCUCAACUAUUCUUUGAGACUACCGUGCAGCAAACAGUGCCUUCAUCUCAGUAUAGACCAAUUGAUGGAGGUUUUGUCGAAGUAAACCCAGAUGGUUCUGCUUUUCUGCUGGAACUAGAGAGUGAACUUUCAGCUGAGCACAGUUCGGCAACAGUGCUGGUCAAUGCUGAUUCUCAACAGCUCUCUCUCAGUCCCUCUGGCAGGUUGGAGAACCAGGGUGAUCACAAGCUUGUCAGGCCCACAGCUCCAGCUGAAGACCCUCAGUUGCGUGGUGUGACCAGUAUAGAGUGGACCCCACCUGAAAUGGAGGAGGAUGUAACAGCUGAGCUUAUUGACAUACAAUUGAAGAAGCUUCUGAGUGCAAGACCAAAGAAAGUUAACAAUGUUAAAGUUACGGCUUCCUCCGUAUCACAGCGGACACUGGCCUCAUCCAGUGGUCUGAACCAAGAUUCUGAAGGAAAACCCCAAAAUAUUGAUCCAAAGUUGACGAAGACUGAGGCUGUGCCCACACAGCUACCAAGCUCCUCUCAGAAAGGCUCAGAGUGCGGUGCCAUAGAGGCUACUCAGGUUCCAUGCACACAGGGUUCCCAACAAAUGCUAUAUUGGGCUUUCCCAAUGCCUUAUGCUCUUCUGGCUGGAGGCUAUUGGUCUCAGAAUGCUGACCAUACCAUUGCCCCUGGAACAACAGCAUCUCCCACCACUGAGCAACAACUUCAGUCACUGACUGCGGAAUUGAAACCACCUCUGUAUGCCAUCUCCACUUCUCCAGGCACAGGUCAGUUUACUCCACCUGCAGGAGUACCCACCAUGCUUUUCCCAUUUAUGAGCCCCCAAACAUGGGGGUCAUGGCCUGCAGCUCAACCUCCUUCAGCAGAGACACCAGCUGGUCUGCCGGGGACAGCAAGCCAUCCACAGUCAUCCCAGGCCUCUCAGGAAACUCCACAAGCCUCACCAGACCAGGGACCCAUGGCCGCCAGCCAGAAGUGUUCCACCUGUCCUCAAAUGCCCAUCGUAACCCUGGCUCCUGUACCCUGCGCCCUGAGCCGUGCUCACUGGGUGCCAACACCCUGCCCGUGAAUCAUGCAGCAAGUCCCUCUAGACACUAGAGGAUCCCACUCCCUCUGUCAGUCUUCCAUAAUUAAACAUACUUCAUUGGCAACAAAUAAAAAGAGUUAGAGCAUA